UACGCCCCACAGAGGGCGUUGCUGUGGCUUCGUCGCAUUCACGUCUUGUCAUGGCUGCCGUAGCACUGGUACAGGGUGCGAGUAGGGGACUGGGACUCGAAUUUUGCAGAAAUAUCUUAAUAAACAAAGCCCCAGGAGCAUUGAUCGCGACAUGCAGAAAUCCGGACAAUGCCGCGGAGUUGAUGAGCUUAGUUGCGCAACAUCCGGGGAAAAUGACAGUUCUGAAAUUGGACGUAAACAGAGAAGAUGACAUCCAACGCGCGGCUGAACAUGUUAAAAAAGUAUUCGGCAAAGUUGACCUGAUCAUCAACUCCUCAGCGAUGCUUCAUCCCUCUGGCAAAGGUGAGACCAGCCUGAAGGAUGUUUCUGCCCAGGGAAUAAUCUCAACGUUGACAACAAACACGGUGGGACCAUUGGUGAUGGCCAAGUACUUCGCUCCGCUGUUGCAGAAGGGUAGUGGUGCAUUUGGCCAGCAGCCGCCAGAGAAAGCCAAACAGCAUAGUGGGAUCAUUGUCAACAUCACUGCAAAAGUCGGAUCCAUUGGUGAUAACGGUCUUGGCGGGUGGUACAGCUAUAGGAUGUCCAAAGCAGCACUCAACAUGGCCACGCGUAACCUGUCCAUUGAACUGGGGAGGAGCAGGCCCAGAGUGGUGUGCGUGUCCAUGCAUCCCGGCACAGUGAAUACGGAUUUGUCUCGUCCCUAUCACAAGAAUGUGCCCAAGGACAAGCUCUUCAGCACGGGCCACUCCGUGCACUGCCUCAUGAGCAUUAUAGAUAGCCUGAAUAUUGACAAAACAGGGAAAGCCUACAACUGGAAUGGUUCAGAACUGCCCUGGUAAAAAAUAACAACACUACACAUAUUCCUCGACAAAGCAUACCAACCUCAGUCAACUCAGGUUUAUCUUAUAUUCUGACCGACUGUACCAACUGUUAAAUAAAGUUUAAUUGUAAAAAUCUAAAUAAACUGUACCAAAAAUAAUGAGUUUCUGCGUAUGGGGCUUUCGAUGAAUGAUGGCGGUAUAUUGUGUCCUAGAAGCUGGCAUGAGAAAAUAGAUACUUUAGUGCUCUUGUCUUACUUAUAUUAAAAUUGAAUUAUCUGUGUAAGAUUGUUGGUAAAAGAGUGAGAGUUUUUUUUUUGUUUGAAACAACGAAAGCAAUAAAGAGAAAUG